AUGUGCUCCCGCCAGGACAAAGACCAGUGCCACCGGCAAGAACGAUCCUCAUGCCACAGCAGUGAAGGGUGCCACAGAAGCAGCAGUGGAUCCGGAUGCCACAGGAGCAGUGGUGGGUCUGGAUGCCACAGGAGCAGAGGAUCUGGAUGCCAUGAAAGCAGUGGUGGAUCUGGAUGCCACAGCAGCAGUGGUGGAUCUGGAUGCCACGGGAGCAGAGGAUCCGGAUGCCAUGGGAGCAGUGGUGGAUCUGGAUGCCACGGGAGCAGCGGGGGAUCCUGCCAUGGAAUGCCACAGGAUUGCCAGCAGCAAAUUUAUCAAGUAUCCUCAAAGAUGAAGUGA